GGCACAAAUGGCAUCAGUCACUUCGGACUGAGAAAAUUACAAUCCUUUCGAAUCCCGCUCGGCAACGCAACUCUCAGCAAGACUCUGAAUGACAAAACGUCAUCCGAGCUCUGCAGCAUCCUCGUACCACUCAAAAAGCCUCAGCAGCUCGACUAAGCCACCUCAUAGGCUGCUUAACCUAGUCUAACUGACCUCGUAAUUUUCCGUCUGUCUCCCUUUCCGCACUGGACUCCUCGCCCUGGGCAUGAUUAAGUAAGCCCGUGACCCUUCAAUGGAUUCAGUCGAUCAUUGUAUACAUACAUAUUAAGUAAUCCGUACUUGCUAGUUCUACACCCCUCAACUUGAAAUGUCUUUCGGCGAAGUUGUACACUACGUGACCCAGCCUACAGGCUGGCCUGAACAAGUGCGCGCUAUUGCUUCCUUGUUGCCGCCGUUCCACUGUCCAGACCGACCAAGUAAUGAACAUUUUGCCAGUCCGUCGUCCUCGACUUUCUCAGAGCCACUCCCUUGCCAUGAACCACCUGCACCGGGAUCAUACACUGCAAAAGAUUUCCAGUUCUUGAUUGAAUCAACAGCCGCAGGCUUAAACGCACUUGCUGAGCUUCCUCACUAUGGUGGCCAGAGAUCCACUGUGCCUAUCUGGUCUCAGCUUAUCCAUGCACUGGCAAAUACUCUGUCCUCAGACGUUCUUAUUCUCGAAGAUGCGCCUUUCAUCAUGCCACGAGCUCAGAACGCGGCGAGUCAGCCUUCAAAUCUCAUUGACGGACAUGCGACUCUUCUUGCUGCUCAUGCUAUCUUUUCCGAACCUAGAACUUAUUCAGAUGUAUCGAUGACCAGCUCGUUGAACGAGCAAGACGGCGAUGAAUCGAUUUAUUCUGCAGACUGCGACUCUUGCGAUGACGAUGACUCGGUUGAGUCACUCGACCUGCCCUUGCAAGCACACAUGCUUCCGGGUCGGGGCAGACGCCUUUCGGCCGUGAUUCCAGUCUUACUAGUCGCCGACUCCAGCAAUAUUGUUCCCCUACUAUGCAGUGCUCUUUACCAGAGACGUGUGUGGGGGAUUUGUCAGCCUGUGGUAGGCCUCUGCUGUUCCAGCACGGGUACGAUCGUCAUGGCCAUCUUCGGGUGGCUCGACCAGUCUGAGGAAGGCCGCAUGGCAAGUUUCAAAUUAAUGCACAUAUUUCCAUCAGAUGUCCUCUCAGAUCCUUCGAUGGGGGUGUUUGAUUUCACUGAUACCUGUUCUGCUACCAGUCUCGCGCAAUUUGUUUUGGGGUUGCGGACACAUUUUCAAGAUAUCAAGGGCGCCACAUCGAUAGAAGCAGUCGAUUCUCUGACUGCGUUGGGCUGGAGAUCCGAUUUACCUGACUUUGAAACUCAGUUUGGGGCACGAUUGGACGAACGAGUGACAUCCUGGACCCACCAGGUACACGUGCAGACGAGUUCUAGGUACAGGUUUCUAUCUUUAAUGCCAAGUCCCGAUAUUUAUGGAAGAGGGUCACGACCAUCAUCUUCGAGGAACUCUUCGAAGAGGACUAGUCCAUCGCCACAACCGCUGUCUCAGGGUAUGGGUUCGACCUCAUCGCGUGCACCCAGCGCAUAUUCAAACUCGCAAUUCGCCGCUUUGUCUGAUAAUGGUCUUGUGGAUGGCGUGUCGAUGUCCAAUUGGCUGUUUGAACGCCAUGCGUUCACAGUUGGUCGUAUUCCAAUCCGCUCUGAGGAGCUGGCAAGCGAGACCAGAAUUAACGCGAUGGUCAAAAUAUAUGAUCAGAUGACGGGGUUCACCUGGUCGAACGACAUUAAAACUAUAGUGGGUCUGCAGACGUUCGAUAGCUGCGUGUCAGACAUAAGAUCAGAGCUUCUUGACACGAAUGGUGGUCCCGACCGUCAGCCCAGCGCGAUCGAUGCUCCGUCUUUGAAAGAUGUCGAGUUUAUUGCACGCCGGAUUUCCAUGCUGUUACACGCCGUAAAUGGUGCCCGCAGUUGUGAUGAUGUCGCACAGUUGCACGGGGCCAACGAAGCUGAUCGGCGUCACGAGUGGGAGUCGUUACUCCUCAAUUUCUUCCAACCCGUUCCCAAGCAACGGGAUGUGUUGUUAGAGCGACAGUCAAAUUUGACUCGUAAUCUCGUUGCCGAUGACCCUUCGUUCGAAACUCGAGCCAUCGAUGUCAUAAACAGAUACCAGGAGUUCUGUCUUGAACAAGACUGGCGCGCGAGAACCGCCGCAGAGGCCUCUGGCAGUUGGAGGCAGACAGCAGCAGUACGAGAUCAAGCAAACAAAUUUCUUGACGAUUUUAUGGAGCGCAACGAGAGGAAGGGUUUCGCAACUUUCGCUGAAACGAUUGCGCACCACUCCUCUAAAGAUCCGGCCACUGGAAAAUGUGAUACUGUUCUCGUCAUUCCAUGUUCCAACGUUGCUACUGCGAUGCUCAAACGCAUAUCUAGUAUCGAUGAGCAAGAAACACUUCUAAAAUCCUUUAUGCUCGUCCAGGGUCCAAAGCCAGGGACGCUUGAUACCAGUACUGGGGAAACUUUACACCAGAUCGAAAAGAGCGGCAGCCGAAAGACCACAUCCAACAAAUCACUUCAAGUCCCCUCAUCUUCUCGCGUGUCGGAAUCCAAUAAAAUCGAUCGAGCUCAGCUGCAUAACCCCUUCCUCCAUCAUCCCGACCGCAACCAAACAACGCAGAGACAAGAAGCAAUACUUUCCAACGAUGCGUUCUGCGAUGAACCUAGUGGACAGGACCUACUACUCCCAGUGUUACUGGUCGAAUAUAAGAAGAGAGACGAGUCUGCGAUCUCGACCGCCAUGAACCAGACCAAAACGUACCUGGUUUCGGCGGUCACCUUCCUUUCCGAGUUCAGCAUUACAGACCAACCUGUUUUUGGACUUGUUGUCAAUGGCGCACUUGGCGCAAUCACAAUGGCAUGGAAGACAAAUAAUGUAUUGGUGCAGCAAAUUUAUAUCAUGGAGCACAAUGUCCGACACUACGACAUCAGAGACCCACUCCAGGCACUCCAGUUUGUAUCUAUUCUACCUCGCCUCGCACGUCACGGCCUGGGACUUCGCCAUAUAUUGGAGAAGCAGCUCACGGAAAUAGAUAUGACUCGAUUUCAAUCCAAGCUGUGGUCCAAGUUGCCCCAACGGCUGGAAGACAAGAGAUUGGCGGCAGCUAAGCGGACAGAAUCACAAUCAGAGCAAGCGGCCGCACAAGAUGGCAGAUGA